CAGAGCGAAGAAUAUGUCGGGGUAGAGAUGGAAAUACUACUUCUGGAUUAUUAGAUUUUGCAUGCAGCUCGACAGCGGAGGCUGACUGCGGUGGGAUGGGCUGUGAGGUGUUCAAGAUGGCGGCGCCCUGUGGAGUGCAGUUACUCUAACAGAGGUGCCUGGAGACUGUAUUGGUGGGUGGCCCCAGGAGUCCUCCAGGCAGGCAGGGACGGACACCGUAAGAGAGACGCUGCCUCCACCUCCAGCACUGCCACCACCAUGGCCAGGGAGCAGCCCAACGUGGGGGACCUACUCCCGCUCCUGGAGACCGCCGACCUCCACCAGCUAGAAGAGAUCAGAAGCCACAUCAACGAGCAGCUCAGCAUUGAGCGAGGGUCCAUGCUGUUGAAUGGGCUGGUGGACUACUUUUUGGAAACAAAUUCUGCCCAGGCCAUGCAUAUCCUCUCCUCAGUCAGAGAGCCACACGAUAAGCACCUUCUGGACAAGAUGAAUGAGUGUAUGACCAAACAGGCUUGCCGGCUGCCCACCCUCACCCUGCUCGGCCAUGUAAUCCGCAAGCAGCCGUCCUGGAUUCACAAGAUCACUCGAUACCCUCUGCUGCUCUCGCUACUCAAAUGCCUAAAGACGGACACGGACGUAGUGGUGCUGAUAACAGGAGUUCUGGUGCUGAUCACUCUGCUACCCAUGAUCCCUCAAGCUGGGAAACAACACCUGUGGGAGUAUUUCGACAUCUUCGGCCGCCUGGCAUCUUGGAACCUUAAGAAUCCAGGGCACGUUUCGGAGGUUUACCUAAUCCACCUGCACGCCAGCGUCUACUCACUCUUCCACCGUCUCUACGGCAUGUAUCCUUGCAACUUUGUGUCCUACCUGCGCUCCCAUUACAGCAUGAAGGAGAACAUGGAAACCUUUGAAGAAGUAGUGAAGCCGAUGCUUGAACACGUUCGUAUUCACCCAGAACUGGUGACAGGAACCAAGGAUCAUGAGCUCGACCCCACCAGGUGGAAAAAGUAUGAAAUCCACGAUAUCGUCAUCGAAUGUGCCAAAGUGUCUCUGGACCCCAAGGAGGCCUCCUGUGAGGAGGGCUAUGCCAACAUGCCUGAGAACUUUUACCCCCAAAUCCACCUGCGACCACAAGACUGCACUUCCAGCCCCUACACAGACCUCCACAGCAGCUACGGAAGCUCUUCUUCGACCCCAUUCUCGACACCACGGCAGCCGCCCUUGUCCUUGCCCCCCUUCUCAGGGACACAGCCCUCUUCCCGCAGCCCACAGACCUCCAGACGGCAGAACUCCACCUGUGAACUCAACUCUUCCUGUGGGGGGAAGGACCCUCUGUGGAGCCCCUCCUCGUUGUGUGGCAUGGCCACGCCCCCUUCCUCCAGGGGCAUGUCGCCCAACUCGGAGCUCUCCCACAGUGCCUCACACCUUCCCAGCCGCUUCCACUGCACAUCAGGAGGGAAAGGAACGCCGGCCUCCACCACUCCAGCCACCUCUUCCCCACCUCCCACCCUAUCGGAUGACUUCCCCAUAAUCUCCUUACCAGCCAACACAGUCCAGUCCAGUCCGCCAAGAAAGGAUCGCCGUCAAGGAGAAAGCAGUAAGCCUGCACUGGUGAGACAGGAGCCAGUGAAAGAUGUAGAGAAGAGUGCAGAAGUAGCUCCAAACAGAGAUGCUGGAGCUGCUGAGAACGUCUCCAUGACUUUGACGGAGCUAUCGGUCUUCAUGACGAAACAGGAGCUGGAGCUUCAGCUGAGAACAGAGAAAGAGAGGGAAGAGACUGCCAUCACAGAGGAGUUGCUGAAGAUCACUGAGGAGAAGCAGGAGCUGUCGGGCCUGAGGGGCUUCGACUCCCCUUUCUAUCACACCACUGAGACUCUGACUGGCUGUCAGGCUCAAGACAAGACCCUCUUCAAUGCCCAGUCAGGAGGCCCCGUUAGAGACACCCACCAUGUUGUAUCAACGCCAGACAAAGGGGAGACCACUGCGAGUACCAGCAGUGUUGGGAGUGGAGGAGGAGGAGGAGGUGCAGCAGACAGCAGAAAUUCAGCCCCCGGCCUUGAGCAGUCCUGGUCCUUCCAGUCAGGCUUCACCCCCAUCGACCACCAUCUGCACCGGAGCCCCUCUGCCCCGGACGAGGAGGUGGCCAAGUUUGGGAUGUUCUCCCCGAGUCCAUGCAGCAAGACCCCGGCCUCGGUGCCCUACGAGUCGUUUUUCGACCUGGCUCUGCCCAGAGCGGCCUCGCUAUUCGUGGGCCAGAAGACGUCGGAGGCGGUGCACAAGGCGGCGCUGGAGCGGCUGUUGCAGCAGGAGGAGGGAUUGGAAGACGGAGAGGAGGAAGGGGUAGUGACUGCUUCACCACUGGAGGUGCUGGAUCGCCUUGUACAGCAGGGGAGCGACACCCAUGAUAAAGUUCUCAAGAGAUUACCUUUGCCAAGUAAGUCAGCUGACUGGACGCACUUUGGAGGCUCGGCUCCGCUGGACGAGCUUCACACGCUGCGCAGCCAGCUGCUCCUGCUGCACAACCAGCUGCUGUACGAGCGCUACAAGAGGGAGCAGCACGCCGUCCGCAACAGACGCCUCCUCCGACGCAUCAUCAACGCCACUGCACUGGAGGAGCAGAACAAUGCUAUGAAGGACCAGCUGAACCUGCAGGGUGUGGACAUCGUGUCUCUGAGGGAGAGUUUGCAGGUGGAGCAGCAGCGGUACAGGCAGCUGUGGGACGACCGAGAGACGGUGGUGACCCGGCUGCACAGUCAGAUCAGACAGCUGCAGCAGGGAAGGGAUGACUACUACACAAAGAACCAGGAGCUCCAGAGCAAGGUGCAGGAGUGUCAGAAAAGGAUGGAUGAGCUAGAGGCGGAGCUUCAGAGGGCCAACAACAAAGUCUGCCACACUGGUCACCUCCUCAACCAGAUGACUAUCAAGCUGAGCAACAGUGAGAGCACCCAGCAGCAGAUGAGCUUCCUGAACAAGCAGCUGCUGCUCCUCGGGGAGGCACAUAAGCUGUCCAUGCAGGAGUUGCACCACGCAGGCGCUGAUAAUACAAAGGAGGCCCAGAUGCUGAAGCUGUCUUAUAAUAAAGAGGUGGAGACUCUGAGGCAGAGCCUGCUCGUGCAGGGUCAGAAACUGGAGGCGGCACAGCAGAGAGUCGCUGAGCUGGAGACGCACCUCUCUAAGAAGGAACACCUCAUCGCCGAGCAGAAGAAGUUCCUGGAGGAUGUGAAAUGUCAAGCAAAGGCGGAGCUGCAGGCCUCAGACAGCAGGUAUCAGGCUCAGAGGAGAAUCACUCAGCUGCUGCAGACUGAACUCCUGCAGCUCUACAGCAGAGUGGAGAUGGAGGCUCCUGCCACCAGUUCACCACCAGGGGGCAGAGCUGACCCACACACUCUUGCUGACUCCAGUGUCAUGGUGGCAGAUGGACAAAGCAAACCUCACACCAACGAGGAGGUGGACGAUAGACCGCCAUGCGACUACCCUCGGGGUAACGGCAGCACUUUAUCGCCACGGCAACCAAAGGCGAGCAACUCUUCCAAGACGACAGCCAACUCCAUCAACGGCAGUCAGGACCUGGCCCCGCCCCUGGUGCUGGAGCCCUCCCUGUCCUGUCCCUACGUCAACCCGCUUGCACACCUGCCCCCCUGCGACGCGCCGCUCACCGUGGGCUCCUACCCCAGCGCCAAGAGCUUCCUGGGCAUUAGGGCUCGCGAGCUUUUCCGCAACAAGAGCGAGAGCCAGUGUGACGAGGAACAACCGCCAACGCGGCUGGCCGGCCUCGCCCACGGCCUGAAGACUGAGCUGUGCGUGGAGCUGCCCUGCCCAGGUUACAUCGGCCCCGCACCUUCCCACAUUCCGACUCCACCCCGAGCCCCUGCCCAUGCCCCCGCCACUCUUCUCGCUGUGCCCACGAAGGAGCCCCCCUCUGAGCCCAAGCAGCGGGCCUCCAGCCAGGAAAGUCCCCGCAGGAAGGCAGCGUCAGGGUCAGGUGGAGGGCGGGGUCAGGCAGGUUCAGGACGCCCCCGGCAACAGCAGCUAAAGAUCAUGGACUAUAAUGAAACGCAUCACGAGCACAGUUAGACCCACAGAACUGAGCCGGGACGCAGGGCGGAGGUUGAGAGACUAAAGUUUAACGAUGGAGAAGAGCUACAAAUCAGAAAAAGAGUUAACAUGUCAGCAACUCUUUGGAAUUCAGUGUUAUUUGUUCCAUUCCUCUGAGUGGACAACAGGAUUUCCCACUUUGUUUUUCUACUUUUUUUCCUUAUUUUUUCUACUGAGUCAUUCCCCUGAAGAAUUUUGACAAGGUGAUAGGCAUACAAAGUCAAUGUGUUGUUACCAGUGGAGAAGCUAGUCGAUCGAAGUUAUCAAAAACUUACACAUGACACUGUGAGUCUGAAGUUUAAAUGGUCAGUUCACCCAAAUUACAAAAGCCCAUUGGGCUGCAGUUGUAUCAGCCAUGCAGAUAGUUUAGCUUUAAACAUUUUGAAAUAUGCCUCUCUGAGAUUUCUGCCUCCACAGCCAGCACAAUGGAAGCAGCAACUUGUCUUCUGAAAUAGUGUCGCAAUUACUUUGAUAAUCUACAAACCUUUCUGAGUUUUCAUUGGAACUACUUUCUACUGAAGAAAUAGUCCUUUAAAAAAGGUUUAUAGUGAGGUCUGCGGUGUAAUGGAGACACUAUUUCAGUCAAUUGUAAAUGCUGUGAGCAACACAAAUACAGCUUAUUUCACCUCCAUUGUUGGCUGUGGAGACCAGAAUCUCCCAGACAAAUAAAACAAUACCACUUGAGCUUAGUGAGAUUUCUUUUUUGUGGUUUGAGUGUACUGACUUUUUAAAAUCUAAAACAAAAAACACCAGAAGAGCUAGAAAUGUUACAUAUGUCACGAUUAUCUGUUAGGCAUGCUUUGGUGUUGACCGCGGACCAAAAUAUGUUUCUGCUUUGAGAGUGCACGUUAAGCGUUACAUCAGAGCUGUGGAGGUAAACCGUACGUAGGAGAGGUUUGGUUUGUUCUGGGGAAAACUUGGAGUAGACUGAAUUGGAAAACUGACAUUUCCAUAAAAAACUCCUUUGAGUUUUUGUCCAAAAUAAGUCUGGGGGAGAAUGUGUUUUGUUUGUGAAUGUGCAAGCGUGCAGGUUAUUGAGUCAUGCUGGUUCUCAUAUUUCAGCAAAGAUGAAAUGAGGAAAGUGUAUGCCUUUUUAUGAAUUCCACAUUCUGUUGUACCUUUUAUGUUUUAUUUAUUCAGCCAUGAAGGGCGCCGACAACGUACAUAUCCUAAAUUUGAAUCAGACCUGGCAAGUGAUACAAGCCCAAGCUAUAAAGAGUGAUCAUUUUAAAGUGCCAUGAUAACAUUUGUGUUCUGAUUGAACAGAAGUGUUUGUUUCUCAUGUUGCGUGUACAUUCAGCUGAUGCAGCGUGGGAAACAAAACCAAAAACAUCUUGUCCAAUCAGGUUCCCUUCUGCAGGUCUGAUAAACAGGGAGUUACUUUGUUUCUUCUGAGUAUCAGAAGUAAACUCCGGCAUCGAAAGUUACCUAAAUCCUGUUGUCCAACGAGAACUCCUGCCGUCACUUCCUUUUGCCUCGCUAUCUAAAGCAUGUUCAACAAUCCACUUUAAAUGCCAACAGUAGUAACUACCGCAAACCAAGACAGAAGGUACAAUCAGCACAAACUGAAGAAACCAGGACUCUGACCAGAGCUGGAGAUAUCUGGGAUAAAAUGGCAAAAAAGGAAGUUCUUAAAGCAGUGGCUUGUGUUUAACUGUGAACAAUAAAGAUCGUCUUCAAUGUUUUGCACUACAA